AUGGCUAAUAUCUUAAACAUUGGAGGUGAACCGACCUUUGACGACAGCAUCGCCAAGAUUGAGACUCACACAUACAACUCAUACGCCAACACAACGUUUGAGCACAACAAUGAGAUACGAAUACCUAUACAACAGCAGGAUUUAUACACGUUACCAUGCGAGAGCUUUUUAUACGUUGGAGGAAGAUUCAGAGUAAAGAAACCAAAGGAAGGGGUGGAACCACACCUCGGAAACAAUUGUGUAGCCUUUAUGUUUGAUGAAAUUCGAUAUAAACUCAAUGGUGUGGAGAUUGAUCGCAACAGAAACGUUGGAAUAACAAGCACCAUCAAAAAUUUUGUGUCCCUAACAUUUGACAAAUCGCUAAUUUUACGGAAUGCUGGAUGGAUCACGCAGUCAAACACACCGAUAGGUUACUUUAACUUUUGCGUACCGCUCAACAUGCUGUUGAGUUUUUGCGAAGAUUACAGGCGUAUAGUAAUCAACGCUCGUCACGAACUCAUUCUUAUACGCGCGUGCAGUGAUAAUAACUGCAUCGUUGGAGAUUCCACGCUGGAACCGGUGGUCGAAUUAUUAAAGAUACAGUGGCAAAUGCCUCACGUCGUACUGAAUGAUACGAAUAAACUAUCGUUGUUGCGAAUUUUCGAAAGCGGGCAAUACCUAAGCAUGAGUUUUCGUUCGUGGGUCCUGUACGAGUAUCCUUUGUUGCAAAGUACGACGAAACAUUCGUGGGCCGUUAAAACUGCGACUCAGCUGAAGAAACCGCGAUACGUCAUUUUUGCACUGCAGACUGGUCGAAAGAAUAUCAUGUCUGAAGAUGCGAGCAAUUUCGAUAUAUGUAAAUUGACCAAGGUGAAACUUUAUCUAAACUCUGACUUUUAUCCAUACGAUGACUUGAAUCUUGAUUUUGAUAGAAACAGAUAUGCUAUUCUUUUUGAUAUGUAUGCACGUUUUCGUAAAGUUUAUUACGGAUACGACUGUUACGAAACGCUUUGCAACACGAACAACUUUUUGUUGCAUGGGCCGUUUGUAGUCAUCGAUUGCUCGCGACAGAACGAAUCAAUCAAGAGCGCCACCGUAGAUGUGCGAAUAGAAUUUGAUUGCAAAGAAAACGUGCCAUCAAAUACUACCCCGUACUGUCUUAUUUUGCAUGAUCGCGACAUCGAAUACUGUCCAUUGUCCAACGUUGUGUGCAAAAUCACAUAA